AUGGAAGUUGACAACGUUAAACCGUCGGGCUCAGUUCCUCAGAGAAACUGGGAAAAAGAAAACAAUGUUCAAAAUGUCGAUUCGAUUUUUGAGUACAAUAAUCAACAGCAGGUAGAGAUCAGAAAUGCGAAACCAUGGGAUAAAGAUCCACAUUACUUCAAACAGAUUAAAAUUUCGGCUAUCGCCCUUCUCAAAAUGACGAUGCAUGCUAAAAGAGGUGGAAACUUGGAAAUCAUGGGACUUUUGCAAGGAAGAAUCGACGCGAAUUCAUUCAUUAUUUUGGAUGUAUUUGCGCUUCCAGUCGAAGGAACUGAGACAAGAGUGAAUGCUCAAGCACAAGCAUACGAAUACAUGACAGUCUAUUCGGAUUUGUGUGAGACAGAAGGUCGUCAAGAGAAAGUCGUUGGUUGGUAUCACUCGCAUCCAGGAUACGGAUGUUGGCUCUCGGGAAUUGAUGUAUCAACACAGACUCUGAAUCAGAAGUUCCAAGAACCAUGGGUCGCCAUCGUCAUCGAUCCAUUGAGAACCAUGUCGGCCGGAAAAGUUGAUAUCGGAGCUUUCCGUACUUAUCCAGAAGGUUAUCGUCCACCAGAUGAUGUUCCAUCAGAGUAUCAAUCCAUUCCACUCGCAAAGAUUGAAGAUUUCGGUGUUCACUGUAAACGAUACUAUUCUCUCGAUGUGAGCUUCUUCAAAUCACAACUUGAUGCUCAUAUUCUCACUGCUUUGUGGAACAGUUACUGGAUUUCAACUCUCAGCAAUUCUCCACUCUUUUCCAAUGUGGAAUUCAUAAAUAAUCAAAUCCAUGAUAUUAAUCAAAAACUUCUGGCAGUUGAUAAGAAACUUCAAUUGAACGAGAGAAGUACCGAAGCACAAGAGGCUCUUUCGAAAGUUGUGACUGAUGCGAAGGCAGUCGGGGAUGAAUUGGAAACUGGAAGAAUCUCUCAUUUCGUCAAACAAUUGUUGUUUGCUCGUCAGAACGGAGGUGGUUGUGGAUGCGGACAUGCCUCUGUUGUCUCUGAAUCUGCGAUGGACGUCGCCGUUGUUCCAGAAGUCGAGAAAGAACAAGUCGCUGAUGGAAUUAUUCCAGAGCCAGCUGUCGAAAUGACCGACGCUUAA